AUGAGCAAACUGACAGCCAAGGUGUCUCCAUCCCCCUGCAGCAGCCCACAGACCCUCGCACCUCCCGCGCCGGCAGGCGAGGCAGUACAGGAGGGGGGCGCCCUCUCGGAGACGGCCGGUGCGGAGAGCGGGGGCCGGGGUGUGACGGGGUGCUGCGCUCGGUGUCCGCUGGCGGGCGUGCGUCGGGUGGCGUGGGGUGUGGUGCUGGCAGGUGGCAUCGCCCUGUCCUGGGCAGGCGGGACCCACAGCGCCAGGCAGGUCCUACAAACACUCCACGCCCCAUUCUUCAUCACCUGGUUCUGCAGCAUCUGGAACCUUCUCAUCUUUCCCUUGUACUACCUGGGACAUCUAGUGGGGGCGGACCAGAGGCAGUGGCCAAUGACACGGUUCAGGCAGUGCAGCGAGGCCCUGGGGUCAGAGGGCAUGACCUUGCGUGCUGUGCUGCGAGGCUCCGCCCCCUUCUCCGUGCUCUGGAGCCUCUCCACCUACCUGUACCUGCUGGCUCUGUGUCGCAUCCCCGCGGGGGACGCCAGCGCCGUCCUCUGCUGCAGCCAGGCCUUCUGCUUCCUGCUGUCCUGGAUCGGCCUGCGCGAGAGGUUCAUGGGCGUGAGGAUUGUGGCAGCCAUCCUGUCCAUCACUGGAAUCGUCAUGAUGGCCUAUGCCGACGGUUUCCACAGCGACUCCAUCACCGGGGUGGCACUUGGGGUCGGCUCUGCUUCAACCUCGGCCCUCUACAAGGUGCUGCUGAAGAGGCGUGUGGGGCAGGUGCGGCCUGGCGUGGCCAGCGUGCUGCUGUCCUGUGUGGGGCUGUGUGGGAGUGUGCUGCACUCCUGGCUCUGUGUGCUGCUCUACCUCACGCACGUGGAGUACUGGCCCACCACCCAGCACGUGCCCUGGGACUGGCUGUGUGUGCUGGCCUCUCUGCUGCUCGCUUUCAACAUGCUGGUGAAUUUGGGGAGUGUCCUCACAUACCCCACCCUCAUCUCUUUAGGUGUCCUGCUGAGCGUUCCAGCUAGUACAGCUGUAGAUUUCUACCUGACUGCAGCCGCCCAGCUCAGCCAGGUCAGAGUGGCAGCAGCUGGAAUCAUCGGGGCCGGGUACCUGCUGCUGCAGCUGCCGGAGCACUGGGAUGAGAGCGCCCUCCGGUGGCUGGGAGGACUGUGGCACGGCGGCUGGCGGGAGGACGGAGCGUCCGGGGAGGAUGCUGCCAGCGAGGCGGGGGCGACCGCUCGGGCCAAGCCCAAACCGGCGGGCGUGGCAGCACUGCCAUGACGGGAGGAGCUGUGCGGAGCUGCAGAGUCUGAAACGAGCUCCCAAACUCAGAACGCUCUGAC